AUGUCCAAGCAACAAAAGGUUCGAUCAAAAGUACAAGCGAAUGUAAUUUUGAAUUCUAAAAAAGAAGGAAAUGUAUCCAUUUUUGAAAUACUGUUUUCAUGUCAAUGGUUUAUAGGACUGACUUUUGACAUACUGCUGUUAUUUUAUUGUCUCGACCGAUCGUUGACUGCUUUUAAACAUUGUACCAAUGCGAUCAAUAAUGUUAGUUUAAAUUUUAGUAAUCAACAUCAGAAAAUGCUAUUCUAUUUAGAAAACUAUUUAAACCCUCCAGUAUUUCUACUUUAUAAUGCUUUUUAUGUUAAUUGGAGUUUAGUUACAACGAUGGCGUCUACGAUGUUAUCAUACCUAAUUAUAUUAACACAAUUUAAGAUGGGAGAAAAAUAGACUAAUAAGAAAUAAAUUAAUUCUU